AUGGCGUCGUCGUGGGCUCAGCACGCGCCCAUAUUCGGCGCGCACUGCAGCCAAUUCCUGGUGGAGCAAUGUCCGCUUGGCGCGCAGGUCCUAGCUGCGCCAUUGUCGCAUCAGUCGCAGUCCCCGUCGUUUGCUCAUUACCAUUCUCGCCAGCAGCACGACUCUGCGACGUUAUGGGACGAGAAUCCGUCGCUUGAUUUAUUCGCGGAGAGUGACGUGGCAGCGGAGUUCUUGAACCUUCUGGACGCCAUCACGGACGGCUCGCAGUCGGACGGGACUCCCAUCGGCAGCACCGAUUCACACGAUUCACAACAGCAUCGCGAUACAAACUUAUUGCACCAGCAGCACCAGCCGUCGUCGUCCGCACCAUUUUCACCUGCCGCCUCCGCCGCCGAUCCCGCCACGGCCAUCUCCGUUUCCGCCAGCGGUGCUGCUAGCUUAUUGGCCGCAUCGCCAGGUUCGUUUGGCGAUGGUGCUAUGACGGCAGCAGCAGCACUGGCAAACCCUGUGUCUCCGCGGCACGGGGAGUCGUUAAACUCGUUGGAGCCGGGGACGAUUCACGACGAGGCUGCGGAGUGUACGGCGGGGUUUAACUUCACUGGCGCUCGUCUAGACGACCCCAUCGACGCUUUUCUCGGCACCCUGCUGCUCGCGGAUCCGGGGUCCGGGAGAGGCGAUUUGCUCGUGUCAUUGCCUUGCCCGUCCGCCGCUGCGGCUCGCGAUCAUAGCCCGCCGCUGCACGGCGCGCCGACAGUUAGCCAAGGCGCGGCGGAAAUGCGGGAGUGCUGGCGUCCAGACUCGUUGGUAGCACCUCCCGCGUCUACCUCGUGGGCUUCGCUGCCGUUGCACAGGGAAGAGACUCACUCGCCACUGCUGCAGCAGCAGCAGCAGCAGCUUGUGAUAACGACGCCAGAAGGGAACGAGGCGUUGCAUGAAUGGAUGCCUUGCGUACCAGCGCAUGUGCGACCAGGGGGCCAGGGCGAACCGGCAUGUGCGGGGACUGGCUGGAGUGGCAAUACAGUGGGGGACGUGGGCAUGGGCGGAAGCAAGGCGGGCGGAAUGGGCGGUGGGGGAGGCGAUGUGCAGCAGGUGCACGAUUUGGCGCCCCCUGUGGAGAUUUCUGCCGCGGGACUCUUUGGUGGAGCGCGUGUGGAGGGAUGCGGUGAGGGAAGUGGGGCGACAAGCAGGGAGCGGCGCGAGGAUAGUGCGAGUGGCAAUGGCAAUGCGAUUGCUGAUGAUGAUGCGUUUCGGGAUGCUGGUGGUGGUGGUGGUGCUGCUGCUGCUGCUGCUGCUGCUGGUGCAUGGGAAGGACAGCAGGUGGGCGAGCUGUUGGGCGCACAGCAGUGGCUUCAUAGUCAUAAUAGCAGUAAUAGUAAUAGAAGUCAUAAUAGCAACAACAAAAAAAAUCCGCAGCAGCAGCAGCAGGAGCCGCAGCAGCCGCAGCAGCCGCAGGCAGUGGGUGGCAGCACCCCGCGUGUGCGGCAGUUGCCCAAUCUGUCAGGGCGACUGGCAGCUCUCAUCAGCCAAAUAAGCCACACCAGCAACGCCAAUGCCAAGGCUAAGGCCAAGGCCAAGGCCAAGCGCAGGGCGGGUCAUGACGCUGCAGCAGCAGCAGCAGCAGCAGCAGCAGCAGCUGGCGCAGGGGGAAUGAUGAUGAUGCACGAGCAGGCGGGUCUAGCAAAUGGCCUGGAGCGUGGCUUGGAGGAGGGAGGGCGAGAGAGCGCGUCGGGCCUGCAUGGGCGAGGCACAGGCGGUGGUGAUGGGGGAAGGCUCACAUGUGGGCGUGGUGGGGGCGGUGGUGUGCAGGAGGCGCAUGGCGAGGAGUCAGGCAGCAAGCGGCGGGCAGUGCAGGCGCGAGAAGUGUCGCAGGUCCCACCCUCUGCAGCACUCAGCUCUCAGCACCUUGCUGCUGCCGCUGCAGCACCUUCCUUCCCUCCUAAGCCCACUACUAGCGCUGCUGCUGCUGCUGCAGGAGGCAAUGCUGCAGCGGCGCCGUCCCUACCCCACGCGUGGUUACUGCCAGGCUCGGGUCCAGACGGCCUGUCAGGAGAGGUGGACCCGUUUCUCCUCACGGAGCACAUCAGCCGCUGCGCGCCUGCUCUCGCCCUCGCCCCUGCCAUGCUCAGAGCCCCGCACGACCCCUUUGCCACCCUGCAGCUGCAGCUGCCGUCACUCGCUGCAGUUCCGUACACACGAGCUUCCUCCCAGGCGCUCCCAUGUCAUUCGGGCAGAGAGGGUGUGUCGGCCUCUCAUCCCCUCGCGUACCACUCUCUGCUGCCAACUGCACUGCCCGUGCCCCGGCCUGUGCGUGCGCGCAUGCACAAGGGCAAGAGCGAUGUGGGCAUGGACGAGGUGAGGCAGCUCGUGCUCGCCCUCGCUGAAGCCAUCGCCACCGCUGACAUGGUCAGUGCCCCCUCCCUCCCUCCCUCCCUCCCUCCCUCCCUCCCUCCCUCCCUCCCUCCCUCCCUCCCUCCCUCCCUCCCUCCCUCCCUCCCUCAUCCCCUCUUCCCCUCAGUUCUCUCACCACCGCACACGCUCCCUGCCCCGCACCUUCCCCAUCCAUUUCAAUAUGUGUCCCGUGCGCCCCUCUCCCUGCAGGACCGGGUGGCAGGGCUGCGGACGCGCAUGGCAGCAGCGGCGUGUGCGGAGGGGCGGGCGGGGCAGCGAGUGGCACACUGCUUCCUGGACGCGCUCACCACCCGCCUGCACGGCACUGGCGCCCUCCGCCUCUACAACGCUGCCUUCUCCCAGGACAUGCUGCAGUCGCGCCAAGUGUAUUUCACCACCACGCCCUUCAUCCCCUUCCUCUACGCCACCGCCUAUUCCGCCAUCCUGCAAACCUUCUCCCGCUCCUCUCGCCCCUCCCCUCCCACUGGCACCACCACCACCGCUCGCUAUCCUGCGUUCGAUCCCCGAGCUGCCAAGCACUGCACACAGCGGUGCACAGCAGGAGCAGCGGCAGAAGCAGGGGCGGGAGCGGGGGAAGCGGCGGGAUGCGGAGCAGAUGGUGUAGGAGGCAGGGGAGUGGGAGACGUUCAGGUGGAGGAGGUGGGGAAUGCGGAGCAGUGCUGGGUGGCAGAGUGUGAGCGGCAGAAGCACGAGGAGCUGGGGAGGAUGCUCACAGCUCAGCUCACAGCAGAGGCAGCAGCGCUGGGCAUAGAGAGGUUUGAGCACCGCGUGGUGACGAUGAACAAGGACAACCUCGCUGAUAGCCUCUCCCAGGUGGAGGGCCGGCGCACAUGGCAGGGCCGCGGUGGCAGUGGGACAAGGAGGAUGCGUGGAGGGGUGCAGGAGGGGGGUCUUGAGGAGUGGCAAGGGGAGGGGUGUGAGGAGGAGGAGGAAGAGGAGAAGGAGGUGGUGGCGGUGUGCUGUUGUUUGGAGCUGCAAUACUUCCACGACAGCUCUGUCAUGCGUAGCAGCCCUAGAGAUGCUGUUCUCAAGGUGCGCUGCCUGCUGCCUGCUUUCAGUGGUUGCAUCACUGCGUGUGUGGGGCAGCGGGCCGUGGCACCGCACGAUGCUCGCAAUGCUUGGGUGGCCUCCCUCGCUCCGGACAUAUUUGCAUUCAUGGAGACUGACCUCUCUGCCAACGGCCCCUUCUUCCUCUCGCGCCUGCGCAACUGCCUCGACUACCACGCCGCGCUCUUUGAGUGCCACGAGGGCCUCUCUGCAUGCCCUGCCCCCAACCACGCGCCCCAGCCAACCAAACUCCACCAGCAGCGCAACCAGCAACCACAGCAGCAGCAGCACCAUCUGUCAACCGACGCACAGCCCUUUGCACAAGGCGCGGUGGGCAGUGCUGACACCAGCUGGUCCCAAGUCUGCAUGUCCUCUCUCUCACAAGCCACUGAGAAGCCCACACCACCCACCCCUGCGCCUUCCCCCCUCCUCGAAGCUCCCACUCGCCGCGACCACAUCCUGGCAUUUGAGCGGGCCUUCUUCGGGUACAACAUCGUGAACAUGGUGGCCACUGAGGGCAUGCAGAGGUCGGUGCGCCCGGAGAGCCUGGUGGAGUGGGCGCAGCGCAUUCGGCACGCGGGGUUUGUGCCGCUGGCGGUGCCGGCAGACGUGCUGGAGGAGGCGUAUGGCACCAUCCGCAGCACCCCCCUGGGGCUGGGCAUGCUGGCCACAGAGGGCGCAGCGCAGCUCACAUGGCAUGGCUGCCCGCUGCUCAUGUGCACUCUCUGGCAGGUGCCGUGGGUCAUGGGGCGACUGGCAGCUCUCAUCAGCCAAAUAAGCCACGCCGGAAACGCCAAGGCCAGGGCCAAGCGCAGGGCGGGGCAUGACGCUACUGCUGCAGCUGCAGGGCAUGCAAGGGCAGCAGGCACGGUGCCCCGGCAUGAUUUAGCAGGAGGCAUGAUGAUGAUGAUGCACGAGCAGGCGGGUCUAGCAAAUGGCCUGGAGCGUGGCUUGGAGGAGGGAGGGCGAGAGAGCGCGUCGGGCCUGCAUGGGCGAGGCACAGGCGGUGGUGAUGGGGGAAGGCUCACAUGUGGGCGUGGUGGGGGCGGUGGUGUGCAGGAGGCGCAUGGCGAGGAGUCAGGCAGCAAGCGGCGGGCAGUGCAGGCGCGAGAAGUGGCCUCGGGGCACACAGCAGAGCAGGUAGCAUGCCAGGUGCACACCUCCGCAACAUUCAGCUCUCAACACACUGCUGCUCCUCCUACUGCGGCAUCUGCCUUUCCUCCUAAGCCCAAUACUAAUUCUGCAGCAGCGGCGCCGUCCCUACCCGACGCGUGGUUCCUGGCAGGCUUGGGUCCAGACGGCCGGUCACAAGAAAUGGAUCCGUUCCUGCUCGCACAGCACGUCACCCGCUGCGCGCCUGCUCUCGCCCUCGCCCCCGCCAUGCUCGCUGCCCCGCACGACCCUUUUGCCGCCCAGCAGCUGCCCUCUCUCGCCGCGGUUCCGUACACACGAGCUUCCUUGCAGGCGCUCCCAGUUGCGUCGGUCUCUCAUCCCGUCGCUUACCACUCACUGCUGCCCUCUUUGCUGCCCGGUGCUGCUGCCACCACCAGACUAGCGGGUGGUUUUGCAUCCCCGCCCAUGCCUUCGCCCAUGCACAUGCCUUCGCCCAUGCACAUGCCUUCGCCCAUGCACAUGCCCUUUCACGGGCCUGCGCAUGAGGCCAUGGUCGUGGCAGUGCCCCGGCCUGUGCGUGCGCGCAUGCACAAGGGCAAGAGCGAUGUGGGCAUGGACGAGGUGAGGCAGCUCGUGCUCGCCCUCGCUGAAGCCAUCGCCACCGCUGACAUGGUCAGUGCCCCCUCCCUGCUCUCUUCUCCCCCACUAUCCAUCCCUCCCUCCCUCCUUCCCUCCCUCCCUCCCUCCCUCCCUCCCUCCCUCCCUCCCUCCCUCCCUCCCUCCCUCCCUCCCUCCCUCCCUCCCUCCCUCCCUCCCUCCCUCCCUCCCUCCCUCUAUCCCUCCGCUCUCUCACCACCCCAUUUAAUCUAUGCUCCGCUCCUGCCCCUUCCUUUUCAAUACGUGUCUUCGUGUCUCGCACUGGUCUUCUUUCUAUCAUAUCCUCCUCGUCCCAGCCCCGACUUGGCCCUUUCCCUCUCUCCCCGCCAGCCCAACUCCAUACUCGACCGGGUGGCAGGGCUGCGGGCGCGCGUGGCAGCAGCAGCGUGUGCGGAGGGGCGGGCGGGGCAGCGAGUGGCGCACUGCUUCCUGGACGCGCUCACCACCCGCCUGCACGGCACCGGCGCCCUCCGCCUCUACAACGCCGCCUUCACCUCCCAGGGUGCGGUAGCGUGUGGGACGUGCAGAGGCUGUGCAUGUGGCGUGCUAGGUUGGCUCCGCAUACACUUGUGGUGGCUGUGUCUGUUAGUAUCAUCAGGCUGGGCAGCGGGGAUGAAUGGUGGUGCAGGAGAGGGGUUUGUGCUGUGCUCGUGA